AUGAUUGCCAGUACUGCAGAAUGUUCCUCUCCCACCGAUCCCGCGUCCUCACCCUCCCCUCGAUCGAUUACGUUUGGCCCCACGAUGAAUCCGGAUACGCCUAGGCUCAGCCCAGAUCUCGAAAUCGAACAGGAAAGCCAGACCGCGCAAACCCCUGACGAAGCACGCCUCAAUCGAUCGCCAAUGCGAGACGAAGACAUCGAGACUGCGUCUCACAGUACUCGUGCUUCCCCUUCUCUGUCGCCUAAAAGUAGCAGCUCUGGUGCGCCCUCUCUGGGACACAUCGAACCAACAUGGCCUAAAAAAAUCGACGUGACCAAGAUAUCUGCUCUUGCGUCGUGGGGGAAAGGGCAGCGCUUGCCUGGCUUGCUCUUCGACUUUCACUGGGUGCUGUCUUCCAACAAGGCCUUCUUCACAUUGCGCGCCUCUGUCCAGCUCAAGCAGGCACCUGGUCCGCGACGCGAUGGCAGAACCAACAUCUUCAUCCAUAUCUACCCUGAACGCAUUCAGCAGCUGUCUUUUGAAGCAGAGCCCGUAGACAAGAUAAUGGGAAAUGAUACUGUAGCAUUCGUAUUUACGCUGUCUAGGCCGCCAGCCCUGGUGCUGCCACCUACGCCACUUGAACCCAGGAAUAAAGCAUCAGGGUCUAUCAUCACCUCCUUUUUUCAUUUGGCUAGACAGAUGUCGUGGACCGUGUACGCUGCCGUACCGCCACGGACUCUGUCUGCUGCACGGAUACGACAGUUCUGCGAAGCUGUCUCCGAGCCGUUAGCUGGUAGCAUCGUUGCGUUUGCGAGUGCAGCUACAUUGUACCAGGGCCAAGGGGGCAAGAUAAUCGAAGGAGACAGCCUGGAAUCUAGCACCGCGGUCGACGCCGAUGAUACUGGCAGUGAAGUGCACGAUGAUCCUCCAGAAUACGAAGCGUCAGGCUCUGCCCCUGUCUACCUUGACCUCGACAAAGGCAAAAAGCGUCUUCGUCAAGGCAGCAGUCCGGAGAUAUGCCAAGAGCAGAAAUCGCGACGCCUAGCCGACACAGAGGAUCCUCUGCAGUCGCGCCUGUCAGCCCUUGAACAGCGUUUCGAUGAUGCACUUGCGGCCCACAAGAAGGAAAUGGUGGAACUCGUUGGGCAGGCCGAGUCACGAAUAAUGGACACGCUCCGUAGAGAGAUGGACGAACAGUCGGCUGAUUUCGAGGAGUCGUUGGACAGGAGGGUCAAGGAGGAGAUAGCAGAGCUAGAAGAAACGGUAAUGCAGAACAUUAGCGAGGCGCCACUACAGGCCACUCUGACCUUUCCUGCACAUCCUUGGUACUGA